UUUUGACACACACGUGCGGCGGACUGACAGUCAUUUAACCUCUCUCUUUUCCAUCGGGCUGGUGUAUAAAUUAAAAUUGUUUGAAAUUCGUUGAAUUGGCUCGAAAAUAAUUCCGAUUGAAAAUGGCUUCUCGCUUCGGUGUGCACAUGGGAAAUACGACUGUGUGUCUCAGUAUAUUGAAGGACAACAACACGGAAAUCGUAGCCAGUAAGUUUGGAGACCGUUCUUCGUACGCGGUUGUAGCAGCUGCGGCUGAUGAAGAAAUUGUUAUUGGUUUACCGGCCAAACAAGGACUGGUGCGUCAAAGUCCAUUGACGAUUGUAAAUAAUUUCCAGUUUUUAAAUGAUGAUUUGACUGCUGCUGACAUUAUCGAAGCGAAAAAGCAAUGCGUCUGUGAAAUUACCGAUAAUCCCAUCGCUUACAAUCUACAUAAAGAUGAUAUCGAAAGAACUCUGACGCCCUUCGAUGUUGCUGUUACAUUGCUAACAAAUUUGUACGAAAAUGCAUCUCAAGCCGCGAAAUCGGAAACAUCUUUGGAGGCAGUCAUAGCCGUUCCAAUUCAUUUUUCCGCCAACAGUCGUAAAACCUUAUCGAAUGCGGCGAAAGAAGCCGGAUUCGUGGCAUUACAAAUGUUGAGUGAACCGUCUGCCUGCCUACUCGCCUACGAUAUUGGUCUGGAUCUGGCCGAAAAAUCGAACGUAUUGGUUGUCCGAAUCGGUGGAUUGUCAUCGGAUAUCAGUCUGAUGCAUGUCGAAAAUGGUUUCUAUCAAGAGGUCGGUCACAAUCGUUUAGCCACAUUGGGCGGUAAUGUGCUGUCGAAAGCUCUAUGCGAUUUCAUGGCCAACGAAUUCCGCAACAAAUACAAAUUGGAUCCGCGUGAAUGUCGUCGCACGAUGAUGAAACUGUUGCAGCAUGCCGAAAAUUGCAAACACAUUCUAUCGUCAAUAUCGUCCGCUCAGGUGUUCAUUGAAAGUCUAAUGGAUGGAGUCGAUUGGAGUCAAACCAUCAGCCGAGCUCGAUUCGAGAAUGUUAUUGCUGCUCAAAUUUCGACCUUUUUACGAUCCAUCGAGGAAUUGACGUCUAAAUACAGCAAUUACAUUGUAGAUAAGAUAAUCUUUUGCGGUGGUUCGCUAAAAAUCCCGAAAUUGCAGUCGGCCAUUUCAAAUAUGUUCCCGAAUGCGGCCACACUUAGCUCAAUACCCCCCGAUGAAGUAAUAGCGUUAGGCUGUGGAAAACAGGCAUCGUUCAUCGGUAAUGGAUGGGACACAGACGGUGAACACAUCGACAUGGACAUUUUCACCCUAUCAUCAGACAUAGUCAUUCACGCCAAUGAUGAACAAAACGAACCGAUAGUAUUCGAAAAGGGAACCCCGUUGCCGAAUGAGCGAAAAUUUCCAGCGAAAUACAUUGACGGUAAAGUCACAAUUUCGGUCAAACAGAAUGAUCACAUCGAUGUGAUCGAAGAUUGUUUGGCUGACGCUGUGGAUUGCAUGGUUCGGGCUAAAUUGCAACAAGGUGGAGAGAAUGUUAUAAGUUUUGCGUUUGCUGCUGCUGAGAAAGUUUGAAUAAAGGAGAUGUAUUGAUGG